CGCGUCUCGGACAAAGUGGCGUCGACAGACUCGACUCUCGAGGACAGGCGGCCAAGUUGCCCGUCUCACACCUGUCAAAUCUCUCUCUGAAAUAGUCUAUGACUCAGGAGCAUGUCGCAGAAAUCUGUAAGGUCUCAGAAACGCUCUAAACCAACGACAAAUCUCCGUAGCACCCUUCGCCUUGGUUCUCCAGCCCCAAGCGGCCCGCCACCAGCAAAGAAGCGGAAAACCAGAACCAUCUCGUCGGUCGCCGGGGCGCACGUCUUCGACCUAACAAGCAGUCAACCAGAUUUGUCGCCGCAAGACAGACCGAUAACAAAGAGCAAAGGCAAGGGUAAAGUUGUCCUUGAUGGAGUGGUGAAUGAGGUUUUUGCAUGCGGUUCUGAUGACCGACUAUGGGUCGACCGAUAUGAACCCAUGAAUGAGGACGAUCUAGCUGUUAACAAGCGGAAAGUGCAGGAUGUUCGCCAAUGGCUAGUUGAAGCUUUCGAUGGCGGUCCUUCAGGGAAACUCAAGAAAUAUCGUCGCAUCCUAGCCCUCACGGGUCCGGCAGGCACGGGCAAGACUGCAACGUUGCGCGUCCUUUCACGCGAACUGGGUUUUGAGAUUGUCGAAUGGCGAAAUAGCAUGGACGAGCGCUUCACGCGCGAAGAUCAUGACGACCUCGAGUAUGGCGACAGUGGCGAGUGGGGACCAUAUGAAGGGCUAUCCGACAAGUUCCGCAACUUCCUCGCGCGCGCAUCGAGCUGUCGGUCUGUUUUUGGGACUCAGGUUGUCCCCUUGCAUUCGCAGUCACCAGCUCCUUCGCAGCUCCAGUCGCAUUCAAGAUCGUCCACUCUAAGCCAGAGCCAACCCCGAUCAUCUGCAUCUGCCCCUACAUCCCAGUCUUCUGCACCAUCGACAUCCGCUGCAAGGCCCUUUGACAAACGACAAGUCAUCCUGCUGGAGGACUUGCCCAACAUCCUGCACCCCGGCACGCAAGCCGCCUUCCACGCGGCUCUUGAGGCCUUCGUUUCCCUCCCCGAUACGAGCACGGCACCGCUCGUGCUCAUCGUCAGCGACGCAGGACUACGCGGAGAGGACACUGAGGCAGAUGGUGCGGGCGCAAGUACGAGCUGGAGGCGAGCAAAAGAGGCCGUCGAUAUCCGAAGUGUGCUGCCGUCGCAACUAUUGGGCUCGCCGUAUGUCACGCAGAUCGGAUUCCGACCAAUUGCGCCUACCUACCUCCGCCCUGCACUGCAGUCCCUCCUCAAUAGAUACUUUGCCGGGGGAGGAAGUCCGCCGUCCAAGGACAUCUUGAACUUGGUCGUUGAGUCCGCGAAUGGCGACAUCCGUAGUGCCAUCAUGGCGCUGCAGUUCGCUUGUACUGUAGGCGGGAAUACGACUACAAAGAAGAAGAAAGGCGGGGGCGCUGAUGCGAAGGCAAUAGUGGAGUCGGUGACGCGACGCGAGCAAAGCCUAGCGCUAUUCCACUUGUUGGGCAAGCUUCUCUACAAUAAGCGGAAGGGCGAUCCGCCGAAUGCGAACGCGUCUGCGAAAGAGCUUCAACGUGAUCGUGACAUCGAUGCGAAGCUGAAGAAGGAGCCUGCUCUUCCCGCCCACCUCAAGGAACACAAGCGGCGGACAUCAAGAGUUGACAUCGAUACGUUAUACGCUGACUCGCCGAUUGACGCGUCUCUCUUGUCUCUCUACGUCCAUCAGAACUAUACACAGUACUGCGACGACCUCGGUCAGUGUGACUCACUGGCGGACUGGCUCAGCUGGAUUGACGCAAAUGGGGCUGAGAGCUGGCACCAAGCAAAUCCGCACCGUUUUCACCUGCUCUCACUCAGCACGCUGCAUUCGUUGCCCUCACCAGUGCAGCGCCGGAAUCAGAAGCCAUACAAGCCCGUGUUCUUCGAGAAACUUCAGCACGAGCGGGAGGCGGAGGAUGGGCUGCGCGAUGCGCAAGACUGGCUACUGCACAACUCGGAAUUGGGUGCGGGCGGAUGGAGCAGACGAGACGUCGCGCUCGAAGUGGGCGGAGUGCUGAGAGCGCGCGACGUCGCUGGUACAAAUACCGCUCCAUCAACACACCGGCGCUUCUCGAGGUUGGAAUUCAAGCAAGGCACUGGCAGCCCCGUACAACUGUCGGAAGAGGGCGACGGCGCUCCGGAAGACGUACCCGACGAGGACGAGGGAGAGGGAUCUGCGAGCAGAGCUGCGACUGUCGAAGAGCCACCAGUGCAUGGGUGGUUGGAGGACGACGAUAUCGAGGAAUUUUAGGCCGGUGAGGUCUCUUGUAACAUUAUACUGCUAUGCUUCAUCUUGGUAUGGGCCCCCAUGCAUCUAUGCUCUUAUCAUCUGUAUGUGGGACCACUCGUCGUUCUGCUUCAGGCUUGGCACAUGUUCGAGCUUCAAGGGUCACUACCCGCGACACGCAGCUCUUCUAACCGCGACGCGACAGCAUCCGUACCCUUCAACAUUUGCGUAUACUUCGUCUUCGUCAUGCCAAUAGCAUCUAUCCCAAACGGAAAGAAGAGCGG